AUGUUGGUUAAUAGGGUGAUGAAAGCUGCUAGCGGGGCCCGGGUUACCCCAGUGCGUUGUAUUGGUACAAGAAGCAGAAUUUAUAAUAAGUCGCUCCCAUCGACACCAGAGAUGAAGAGCAGUGAAUCAUGGGCAGGAAACGAAUCGUCCAAUAAUAAUAGCUCAGUUAUCAGUAGAGUCGUUGGUAUGGCUAGAUCAUUACAGGAGAACACGCAGCCUCCAAUUAACAUUGCAAAGCCAUUCACCAAGAAAUUCAAUCUGAGUGAAACAUACGAUCCAUUUGAUUUCUCAAACGAUAAAAUGGACAUCGAAAAGAGAGAAAGAAGACAAGCAGUGCCAUAUGAGAAGAUGGUGGAUCCGUUCCAAAAGGCUGGUGUCGAUCCGUUAGACAUAUAUACCAUGCCAGAGAUUUUAUCGAGGUUCUUGAGCUCGACGGGCCAGAUUUUACCUAGAGAAAUAACUGGGUGUAACGCCAAAAACCAAAAGAAAUUGUCAAACGCCAUCAAAAGAGCAAGAACCUGUGGCUUGUUGUCUACGGUCCACAAGCACUCCAGAUAUCUUGCUACCAGAAACAUGUAA